CAAUAUAAUAAAUAAAUACCAUUGCGCUACGAAGUAGAAAUAAGUAUUGCCAUAUGAGACAUCAUUGCGACUCCGUAUGUUUUUAAAACACACAAUACACAAAAUAAAUUCGAAGUGAAUAAAAUAGACACAAAAUUUAGAAUGAAUGUGAUGUUUUGAUUUUAUUCUUUUAAAUACGCAUACACAUUGACAAAAAAGAUCGGUGGCUACUAGUAUAUGGUUCGAAAUGUCAUUGGUUUUCUGUGCAAAAUUUGUGUAGAACACACAAGAGUGUCGUCCAAGUAGUCAAAAUAAGAAAAAUAUUCACCAGCCAAGAAAUGCAACAAAAGAAAAACUAAAUUGAAUACCGACGAAUAAACUGUUCAUAAAUUGUUUGGCAAAUCGGCAAAUUAUUCAUUGGAUUAUUUACAAAGAAGCUACAUGUGUGUUUGUGUGUGCAUGUUCAUUUGAAAGAACAAAAAAUGAAUAAUUAAAUGUGAGUGAUACACAAGAGUCACACACAAAUAACAUCACAAACGAGAUUGAUAUACAUUUCGGGACACACAAAAAUAAAAGGUUUUUUUGAACCCAGUGGAAAAAUUUCGAUUAUCCAAAUGUGUGUAUUUGCAGUUAAUUAGGUGCUAGUGAAAAAAAAAUAGUUUUCAUUUUUCCGUGCUGAUUCAAUCGGUGUCGUCGUCGUCGUCUUCGUCUGAAUUGAUGGUUCAUCGUCAUAAUCUGCUGAUGUUGCAGUGAUAUUGUGUUGUUUUCUUUUAAUGUCCUGAUUCAACCGAGCCAAAUAGAAAUUAAAUUUGGACGUUCGCAUGAAAUCGCCUAGAAGAUCAAAUUUCGUAUGUGCAGUGAAAUUGGUUCGGAAUUCUACCUACCAACGAUACAAGAAAUAACACAUCAAUGGCGAGUGACGAGAAGUUGAAGCGAACCGUCAAAAUUGAAAAUGUGGACACACGGCAAUCACCACCAAAAGCCAUUGUUGAUUGUAGCCCACUUCAACCAGCUAUCAGCAAAAACAAAGAAGCUCUAAAAAUCAAACUAAUGGUUAGACGACCUAUAGCGCAAUUAGUUGAUCAAGGCAUUAUUCCUUCGUUAAAAUCAUCACCGGCCUUGCAUGAGCAACGAAAACAAUUGGAACGAGCAAAAACUGGUGAUAUUCUGAAAGCAAAAAUUCAACAGCGGCCUGAUCGCCAAGAGCUUGAACGACGACACAUACUUGAACAUGACGAAGGUCAUGUGGAUCCCAGUUUGGCCGAACGUCAACGUAUGCUGAAAAAAGCACGUCUUGCCGAUCAAUUGAAUUCACAAUUGUCACAUCGUCCCGGCCCAUUGGAAUUGAUUGCCAAAAAUAUUCUUCACACUGAAGAGCCAAUCGAACGAAUUGUCAAAGAAGGUCUCAUCUCAUUUAAGGCAACCAGCGAAGGUUUAUUGAAUCGUCCACAACAGCCAAACGGUUACAUAACAUACGAAGAUGAUUCACAAAGUUCAGAAGGUGAUCAACAAAGUCCAGCUGGUCAGGAUUCAAAUGAAGCAACAUCGAUCCCAUCAACAUCGACAAUUAUUCCACUCACUUCAAAUGAGAAUAACAAUACCGUUUUUACAACGGUCGUAACACAAUCCAAAUUACCGCCAGCCUACUAUACAUCAAUUGAGACUGCAUCGAUUCCAAAGCCGACAAUCGAACCGAUUCACGUCAAAACGGAAACCAGCAAUUUAUUCGCCGAAUUAUGUCAAUCGGUUAUUGAGAAUCCACCAUAUGCGUCAAAUAAAAUAGGUAAUCGGGUUACAUCGUUGCCAGCGCCAACGAUAUCAUUUCAAGCAAUACAAAAUAUAAAUAAAUGCGAUGCGCCGGGCAAGCAAAGUCGAAAAAAGAAUAAAUUGAAACCGAUUACAAAAACACGUACAAUAAAAUUCCAUGAAUACAAAGGUCCGCCAAAUGCACAGAAAAAUGGUAUGAUAUCGAUGCAACCGGAAGAAACAUCAUAUCAAUUGCUGUUGAAACAACAGAACUGUUUGCUCGAGUAUUUAGAAGGUUUACAUAAAAAUUUACCGGCCUCGGCAACCGUUAUCAAUACGAAACCGGCUCAAUCUGAAACACAAACAUUCUCUAUGACAAAUAAUUUCAUGCAACAAUCAUCGCCGGCCGCAUCAUCGACCACAUCAUCAACGUUAAUGAAACCGGCCAGCCCAGUGUUGGGUCCAAUCGAUACAAAUAGUUUGGAAUUGAGCAAAUUAGAAAAAAUGAAAGUUUCCGAUUUGAAAUUAUUGCUGAAAACACGUAAUUUACCGGUUUCCGGUCCAAAACCUCAGCUCAUUGAACGCCUGAGACCAUUUUUACAACAAGAUGUUGCUACACCGGCCACCACUCCUUCCAGUCAAGAUAUGAUGAUGACGACCAGUGAAAAUGGUAUCGAUGAUGAAAAUGAUAAUGCUAGUCGAAUUUCACCGAUUUCAAUGGAUACCGAUAAUUGUAUUGAAAUGCAUGAAUUGCCCAAACAAAAGAGCAAUGCGGAAUUGUUACGUGAACAGCAACGAAAAAUCGAUGAACUUCAACGAAAAUUGAAGGAAAGCCAACACGAACUGCAGCAAAUGCAAAUGAAACAGAGCCAAUCCUCGCCGGCCAUUAUUUUAGCACAAAAUGACGUCGUUCCAAAUAAAACGGAAUCAUUGAAUCAAAAGCAAAUAUUCAAACAACAAUUAGAGGCCAAAAUUCAAAAAGACAAACUACAAAAGCUGGAAAAUUUACAAAAAUUGCAAUUGGAACAACAACAACAACAACAAGAAAUGCAGAGGAGAAAACAAGAAAAUGCGGUGAAAGCCAAAGAGAGUUUUGCUCCAAAGCCAGUUGUAUCGAAUUUUGUUGGACAAACAGCAGUUAAAAAUCCAAAUGAAUUUGUAUGGAAUGGUGAAUCGACAAUUUUAUUGGUAAAUUUUCCGGACGAUAAAAAGUAUGUGCUAAGUAGUAAUCCACAAGGAACGGCAAUGCAAAAUUUCCUCGUACCAAUUUCAACCAGUACGCCAAAUAUAAAUGCAAUCGUAAAGAAAAUAAAUCUUAGCACACAAAUUCAACAGCCACCACCUCCGCCGCCGCCUGUCAGUUUACAUUUGACGCAAAUAACGGCACCGAAAAUUAUUUCUAGUCAUCCAAUGAAUUUGGACUCAAACAAACAGCCACAGCAACAACAUAAGCAACACAAUGCCAACAAGAUGCAAAAUAUACUCGAACAACAUCAACAACAACAACAUCAGCAUCAACAACAGCAGCAGCAGCAGCAUCGGCGGCAGCAGCAACAACAACCCCGGCAACAACAGACCUUGCCAAGUAUUAACACAGGAAUUACGAUGCCUAAUUCAACAAAUCAUACGCUACACAAUGCAACGAAUUUAAACAAUGUUCUAAUGAGCAAUGUUGCCGCCACGCUUCCAUUUAAUACAACGCCAGUGAAAAAAGAAUUUUCUUUAUUCGAUUCGUCAACGGCCACCGAUUCAAAUAUGAUUCCAAAUGAUUUGCUAUUGAGUGCGAAUGCAAUGGACACACUGUCGCCAAUGCCACAAUCAAAUUGUGACGAUUCAUGCAAUAGUUUCGAUUUAUUUUUGAGCGAAGCGGCCCAAUCACAUAGCGACGCCGCCGGUAAAAUGCAAGAAUCACAUCACGAUAAAUCGUUGAGCAUGGAUAUUAAAAAGGAACUCAUGAACACAUCAACAAAUGAUGCAUGCUCGGUUGAUUUAAAGACAUUCGAUGACAUUGAGCUCAUGGAGUUAAUGGGACAACAACUUGAUAUGGAUAUUAGCGAUGAUAGUUGCCAUCCAAUGACUGGCAUCAAAGAUGAACUGAACGAUCGGGCAAGUAACAGUGGCAUGAAUUCGUCACAACAAUCGAUGAUUACAUCAUGCAGACGCGAUAUGAAUCCAUCACUGCAGCCAUCACUAUCGGAAAUAAUUCAACAGCAGCAGCAGCAGCAGCAACAACAACAACAACAACAGCAGAAUCAGCAUCAAAUACGUCCCCAACAAUCGUUAAAUAAUCAUCAUCAUCAUAAUCAUCAUCAUCAUCAACAUCAUCAUCACCGUAGCAAUAGUACUAGCAAUAAUGACACAAACAAUAACCUGAACAGUAGUUUAGAUAGUAAUCCAAACAACAACUUAAUUGACUAUAACAAUCCAUUUUAUUUAGGCAAUCAAAGUAAUCAAAUUACAACGCCGAGUGGUUUGCAUUUAGGUUCAAUGGAUAUUGAAUAUUUUGAUAAUACACUAGCUCAAUUUGAUUUUGCAUUGCCUCCAACAACGUCACAAUUGUCAACGACAUUGAAUCAAUCAUCGGUACCGUCAACGGUGACCGCAUCAACGAUCAAUUUCGAUACGAACGAUGUGAAUACACCAAACGGCAUUAUGACAUCGGCAGCAUCGUAUUUUACUCCAAACACAAGCAACAAUGUUAAUAAUCAUGUAUUGGAUUUGUUUAAUAUAGACGAUUUCAAAAUGUCCGGUGACUCGCUUUCAUGGAGUGAAGUCGAUUAUGCCGUUUGAAAUUGGACAAUUGCCAAUUCUCAUUCAGCUAUAUUUUCUGAUAUUAUUCUCUUGAUCUAACAAUGAUGUUAUCAAGAUUAUGACUUACAUUUAGAUUUUUUGCGUCUCUCUUAUUAUUGUAAUUCUUAUGAUUUAUUCAUCUUUUGGAUUAAUUUGUAGCCUUUUCUUACCAUAUCUUCCGAAUAUUAAUUGUCUUUUCUUCUCUUUUUCCUAAAAGGGAUAUUUUACUCGCGCAAAUUUAGAUUUAUUGAAUAAAUCGAGUAGAUUUUCUUCUUUUUUUUUCAAUAUUAAUUUAAAUUUAAUUUAUGAUGAAAAAAAAAAACAAAUAAAUUCCAUUUAUGUACGGAAAUAUUCAUGAGAAAAAAAAAUACACAAUGUAUUGUAGAGUAAUUCUUAAAUUCAUUAUAAUGACUAACCUACAGGCAAGCCGAUCACGUUUGUUUUAUGAGUGAUGAAGUUCAUAUAUUUAAAUGACUUGACAUCGAUGUUAAAUCAAUUUUAAAAUGAAAUUAUUUGGAAACUAUGCUCCACACACACACACACACACACAUAAACAUACACUAGCCAAAAUUUGAUUAGAAUUUAUUUAAAAUUUGAAUUAUAGCAUGGAAUAGUCAAGACAAAUAUGCCGAAAAACUGUUUCAAGAAAAUUUAUUUUGAAAUUGGAUAUAUGACACGAAUUUUUAUGUACCUAAUUAAUAAUCUACGUAAUUGGCAUAUCGAUUGGGAAAAAAUUUAUUGAAAUUUCAAUAUUAGGCAAAUUUUUAAAUCAAAAUUUUUCUUCUUCUGAAGAUAGAAAAUAAAAAAGAUGUUUUUUUUUCUUAAAGAAACUAAAUUAAAUUCAGAUAAAUUUAGAUGACAAUAAACGGCUGAAAAGUGACCAAACAGAGCUAGAAUAAACAAAAUACACCAACGACCAAAUAAAUUUUAGAAUAAAUUUCGUUCAUUUGGUGUAUUGUAUUUCCAAUUGUUACUUUGCGAGAGAAAAAAAAAACAGCAAACGAAUUCAAUCAUAUUUUACACAAAACACACAGAGAAAAAUCGUGUUGAAUGUGUUUUAAUUUUACUCCACAUUAUUUCUUGAUUCA